GUGAGAUUUCCGACAAGGAUCACAUCUAAAUGCACACGGAGUUCCUAAUAAUCGAGCAAGCUAAUUAGUUAAAUCGCGAUCUCCACCAGGCUACGUGCGCAGAAGAAUUAUUAAUCAUUGCACUAAAUCCGAUCGUAUCCCCUCUCCGCGCUGAGGCUUGAGAGCCACUCUGACGCAAUAAAGAGAAUGCGGCACGACAAUCUCCCUUAACGCCGAUGUUGGAGGGGGGACGUACCAGUCGUAUAAAGAGCGGAGAGCAGCCACUAUUGCGUAGGUGCCACCAUUUCUUUCUAUCCUAAUUGUCUAAAGUAGCCGUGUUGCAGGUAUUCAAAACAUAGGAAACUGAAAGCACCAUGGCCAAAGUAUUGCUAACAGGCGGAAGUGGAUUUAUCGCUGCCCAUGUCCUAGACAUCUUGCUUGAGCACGGAUUCCAAGUCGUGACUACUGUUCGAUCCCAGGAAAAGGGCCAGCGGAUUUUGGAGGCACACCCUGGAGUGCCCAAGGAAAAGCUAUCCUUCGUUAUCGUCGAGGAUGUUGCUAAAGAAGGAGCCUUUGACGAGGCUGUCAAAUCUGACCCGCCUUUUGACUAUGUGAUCCAUACUGCCUCGCCAUUCCAUCAUAAGUUCACGGAUCCAGUCACAGAGAUUUUAGAUCCGGCCAUCAAGGGCACAACGGGAAUACUCAAGGCAAUCAAAACCAGCGCCCCUACGGUGAAACGAGUUGUGAUCACCUCGUCCUUUGCAGCUCUAGUGAAUAACAAACAACACCCGAAGCUUUAUGAUGAGUCGGUGUGGAAUCCUGUGACAUGGGAGGAGGCUUCCACGGAGAGAGCGUCCACAUACAGGGGCAGCAAGACUCUAGCCGAGAAAUCUGCCUGGGAAUUUGUAGAGAAGGAAAAGCCAAACUUUGAUGUGGCAACGAUCAACCCUCCUUUGGUUUAUGGCCCUGUGGUACAUUAUCUCAACAGUCUCAGCAGCUUGAACACCUCGAAUGAAAGAAUCAAUGACUUCAUCCAAGGGAAAGCCAAAGAUGGCCUGCCACCAUCAGGUAUGUACCUGUGGGUUGAUGUCCGUGAUGUUGCUCUGGCCCAUGUCAAAGCCAUUGAGGUAGCCGAAGCUGGUGGCAAACGUUUUUUUACGGUAGCUGGUUUUUUCUCAAACAAAGCCAUUGUCGACGCCAUCCGAGAAACUCACCCGGAAUAUGCGGCUAAAUUGCCUGAGAACGGUGUCGACGAUAUUCCUGCCGACAUUUAUCAAAUCGAUAAUUCGCGAGUGCGUAGUGUACUGGGCAUCCAGUUCAGGUCUCUCAAAGAGUCUGUCGGCGACACUCAUUUAGGCCGCCGUACUACCGUGCUCGAACAUCACAACUUUUCCGCCAUGGCAACCCACAGGCUGUCACCGACAGCCAAUUUGCUGCGAAAUUCUCGCUUGUUUGCAUUGCCACCAGUUCUUAACCCUCCUCCGAAAGCAAUCACGUCGAAAACCGUCGUCGAAUCCAACUCCUCAACCCUUUCGCAUCCCAUUCGAGCUGCGAUUGAAACACCGCCGUCGGCUCUUGCGAGGGGAGAAUGGGGUUUGAAGCGACCUCUCCCCGCAAAAUCUACAACUGAGCGAUCGAGUAAACCAGUGAUUCGCGUUAAUGCUCUCGACACUUUCGAACAUGUCACCGAUUUCGACUCCGCAGGGGACCACACCAUGACUCUCCUGAAGUUCCAGGAGCUCAAUUUACCGAUCUCUUUGCCAUCUGCUAGCAAGGCAAAAAUACGUGAUAAUGGCAUUGGCCAUGAGAGUCCUUUUGAAUCUCGCUACGAUAACGUGUCUGAAAGUAAAGGAGUACAAGGAUCGGGUGCAAAACUCUACCGUCACUCGGGACCUUGGUUAGGUGGGCAGACCGAGAUACAAUUCCAAAAUUUCUUGCAGCAAAUUCAACGUCAAAAACCCGAGCUGCUUAAGAAAUUACGAGAGAACUACGUUGAAAGACUCAGAAUUGAACGCAGGACAAAGGCCCAGAAUAAUGGUGAAUUGGAUUCAGCACAAUUCAACGAAUCGGUGGAAGUCACCGAUGAGGAAUUUCAACUCUGGUUGAAAAAGUUCAGGACAAACAAAAAGCUAGCAGGCGCUGAGCUCACCCGUCUUUUGGACCUCCAUUCCCUCACCCCAGCCCCCUUGAUGGGAGAAUCCGAUUAUUACGAAGCGAAUGCGAAACGCCUGGCAUCCUCUCAGUAUGUUUCAUCUGGCCCUCCUAGAACACAUCCCUCUGCUGGUCUUGCAUAUACUCGAUCGGGUGCGAUACUUCACAACCACCCCUCAUUUGGCCCUCAGAUAGCCAUGCGUCCCGUCGAGGCUCGGUGCUUGGUUCCGAAGACCAAAAAGAGAAAGUCCAAACGACGGGCAGUUAUGGGUGUAGCUGGUAUUACAUAUGAGGACGCAGCGGAUGAGUUGGAUGAUAGCAUCAGGGGACUGGAGUAUCUGGACCCAUCGAUUCCUGGUGGUGGCAGGGUCUUUGUCUCUCCAAGAUAUGCCUCAGUAUAUCCUCAAGGAACAAUUGACCUGGAAGCAUCUAGAGCUGGGAAGGAUGUGUUAGCGCCAUACGGGUUGGCAAACUAUGAGCCACCAAGGACUACCAACAUAGCCCAGGUUGCACGCACUGCACAGCGAGAAGUUCCUAGACUCGAUAGGUCCGGUCCGCGAACUGGCACAAUGGACGGUAUCGCCGAGUUGUUUAAGGAAAGGCUAUAGGGGGUAUGAUGUAUUCUAGAACAGACAUUCGGCGCCUUUUUGUGUAAAAUAAAUGAGCUUAAUGUACAGAUAUCACUCAAUAAAAUUAUAUUGUUUCAUG